UCAUAAUAGUGAGAGAUUUGACGUAAUUCAAAGUCAUGCGUCAUUACAAAGCAGAUAAUAAUUUUAUCUAAGCAAGUAAGCGUUCUCUCUCUGUAAAUUAGGAAUCGUCUGCAAUUAGACGAGUACCUGUAAUUGUUUUAGGAAACUUUAAAAGUCUUGCUGUUAUCCAUUUCAUUCAGAACAAAAAAUGGCUGUUGAAAAUAGAAGAUCUAGGCUGGAGAAACGCUUGUGGUCAGAGCUCGAAGAUGUUCGAACUGCAAAUAUGAAGGAUAUUUAUGAUAUUCAAGUUGAUAAUGUCUGGAAGUGGCAUGUAUUUAUUGUGCCUCAUUGUUCACCUUAUGACAAGGGUGCCUUUCGAAUUGAAAUGAUCAUUUCGGAUGACUAUCCUUUCAAAUCACCAAAAAUAUUAUUUCAUACAAAGAUUUAUCAUCCGAAAGUUGAUGAGGAAGGAUAUAUCCAUUUGGAAAUUUUAAGUAAGUAUUGGAGCCCUUUAACACAAAUGGAACAGGUUUUUCGAUGUCUCAUAGGCGUUGUCAAUAAACCAUAUUAUAUCAGUGUAGAAAGUGAGGAGGAAUUUAUUGAAAAAGCAAUAGAAAUGACAAAAAAUUUCUCUGAGAGAAGACCUGAUGAUACCGAUAGACCAAUACCCAAAGAAGUGGGUAAAAUCGCUAAUAGACUGCGAAUAGAACUCGAAGAAAUAAAAGCAGCAAAUAUGAAGUGUUUUGAGAAAAUACGCGUAAAUGAUAUUUGGAAAUGGAAUGGACUUCUGGUGCCCGAUUGCGCUCCAUACAACAAAGGUGCCUUUAGGUUCGAAGUCAACAUCCCCCCUGAGUAUCCUCAUGCACCCCCAAAAAUAUAUUUCCGAACUAAAAUAUAUCACCCGAACGUUACCGAUUCCGGAGAAGUUGAUAUGCGUGAAACCUGCACCGAAUGGAACAGCACAAGAAAGAUGAUUGACGUCUUCCAAGCUCUUCGCAGACUUCUUAGUGAGCCUGAUACUGAUCACUUUCGUUUCUCUGAAGUAACUGAAUUGUACGCAGAGAGCCGUGAAACGUUUCUACGUGUUGCUGAAGAAUUUGUAAAACAAUUCGCAGAGAAAUUAUCAUCUGAAGAGUUUCCUGAACCAGAAGGCAAGUGCCUUCCCUUCGUGGACACAAUUGAGAAAAUAAUAGUUCCUGUUAAAUCCUUUGAUUUAGAGGAAGGUAAAUGCUUAGAAGUGAAAUUAACAGAAAAUGCUGUCCAAGAAUUAAAACAACUAUCUGAUGACUUUCACGAACCAAUUGGCAAUAGCUCAGCAAUAUGCUGAUGUGAAAGACAAGAAAUGUUUUCCUUAUUGAAAUUUCAGAGAAGGAUAAAUCAACAACAUUGGAAAGCGAUGAGGAAUUUGCUAAACAGGCAUUAUUACCAUAAUUGCAAGGAUGAAACUACCGUGCUUGUAUCUUUAUUUUUGUGUUACUACUACCUUGUAUCUUUAACUCUGCUUGUAUCUGUUCAUUUGAUUUACAAAAAAAGAGCUUACAUCUCU